GGGAGCGGGUAGUUUGCCGAUGAGAAUUGCUGAGGAGGACCGAUAACAAGAAGACGUCCGAGGUCGGAACGCAAGACGACGACGGAAGUGGACAUUCGCACAUCGACAAUCUCUUUGAAGAAGAAUUUCCCCAGAUUAAUAUGGUGUCCGUGAAAAGACUGGGACUCGCCGGUUCCUGUACGUUCUCCAUCGGACUUAUCAGUUAUACUUUGGGAUUUCCUUCGAUGCUGAAGUCGCAAGUUAAAUCGCAAAUUAGAUUGAAGAAGGGGACCGAAAUACGCGAUUUUUGGGAGAAACUUCCGCAACCGCUGGAUUUUAAUAUUUAUGUCUUCAAUGUAACAAAUCCAAAUGAAAUUGCAUCAGGAGCAAAACCUAUUGUCCAAGAACUAGGACCCUUUCACUACGAUUUGUAUCGAGAUAAGGAAGACGUCGUGGAUCGGGAGGAAGACGAUACUGUUGAGUACAGUUUGCGACAAGUUUGGUAUUUCAAUCAGGAGAAGAGCGCCAUGCCGGAGACCGUGGAAAUUUACGCGUUUCAUCCCAUAAUGAUAGCGAUAACUCUGAUUAUUCAAAGAGACAAGCCGUCCACGAUGGGCGUAAUUAGCAAAGCGCUGGACAGUAUUUUCAAAAAACCCGAGUCGAUAUUUGUCAAAACCACUGUGAAAGAUUUGUUCUUUCACGGCAUAUCGUUCGACUGCACGGAUGUAAAGGAUUUCGCUGGAUCCGCGGUGUGCAGCGCGUUACAGGAAAAGGAACAGAUAUUAGUCAAAGAAGAGGAUUUACGUUAUAGAUUCGGUUAUCUCGCUAAGACAAACGGGAGCCAUUUUCCGGGACGCAUAAGAGUAUACCGUGGAAUUAAAAAUUACGAAGACGUAGGUCGUGUGCUUACGGUAGGGAAUGAAACGAAGAUGGACAUGUGGACCGGCAGUCCUUGCAAUGACUUCCGUGGCACGGACGGAACUAUUUUUCCCCCGUUCCUCGACAAGGAAAAAGAAGUCUGGGUACACUCCCUAGAUCUUUGCCGAAGUAUCGGCGCUUAUUACAUCGAACCAGGAAAGGUUCAAGGUUUCAAGACGCUGCACUACACGGCGGAUCUGGGCAAUCCAUCUGAGGAUGAGGAUGUGAGGUGUCUCUGUCUCGAGCCCGAAGGGUGCAUGCCUAAGAACAUAUUCAACGCAGGUCCCUGCAAGGACGUGCCUAUAAGGAUAAGUCUACCUCAUUUUUGCGAUUCCGAUCCACGAUUGCUCGAAAUGAUCGAGGGUGUAAAUCCCGAUCCCGAGAAACACCGGAUGACUUUUAAUUUCGACCCGAUGACCGGCACCCCCAUAAAAGCAUAUAAAAAGAUUCAAUUCAACGUAUUGGUUGGACCCGUCCCCAAACUUCGAUUGAUGAAGUCCUUUCCGGAAGUGCUGUUCCCGCUAUUCUGGAUAGAGGACGGUCUCGAACUCGGGAAAAUUCUCAUAAAACCGCUGAAAGUUGCUUACACACAGAUCUUAGUCGCGAAGAUAAUGAUGUGGCUCAUGAUACUCGGUGGUCUGGGCAUGACGAUCACCGCCGCAGCAAGGCAUUACAAAGAGAGCAAUGCGGAAAACGCUGCGGCACCGGAUCUCCUGCCGGGCAAGGUGCAGAAUAACGUACCGCAGAAGAUGACCAUCAGUACCAUACAAGAUCAACUGAUAGAGAAUCUUAAAAAGGAGGAAUCAUCAAUUUUAUCAAGUGCAGUGAAGCAAGAGGUGUCUCUUUUUUUCGAAUCAGAGUGUUGCGGGAUCUACAAGGACAGGCGUGCGCGGGUGCCAUUAUCAAGCAAAAUAAUGGUCACCAAGCGACGCGCGUAUGACGUCGCCGUUCGUGAACUUCGGAGGAUAUACGAUGUCUUAAAAUGCACGAAGUUGUUGAACGCGGUCCCAUUCGGCAAAGCGUUCGACAACGUGCUCUGCGUCCUCGAAGGAUAUAAUAAGAGCGUUAAAAUGGUGUCUAUAAAGAAGCUCGGAAUUGGCGGUGGAGUUUCGUUUGUCUUCGGCAUUCUACUCUGGUGCGGAUUCCCAGGACUGAUUAGAUCGCAGAUUAAGAAGCAAAUUGCGUUGAAGCCAGGAAGCGAGAUACGCGAUAUGUGGUCGAAUUUUCCGCUGCCACUGGACUUCAAGAUCUACAUGUUCAAUAUAACCAACCCUGAUGAAAUUAAGGAGGGCAAAAAGCCGGUAGUGCAAGAAGUCGGUCCGUUCUUCUACGACGAGUACAAAAUGAAGUUUGAUCUCGUCGAUCGAGAGGAUGAGGACUCCGUCGAGUACAGCAUGAAGUCAACGUGGUUCUUCAACCCCAAGAAGAGCAACGGAUUGACGGGCGAGGAGAUAAUGGUGUACCCCCAUCUCAUGAUUUUGGGCAUGGUGGCGGCCACCCUUAGAGAAAAGCCCGCCGCGAUCGGGGUCGUCGGCAAAGCCGUCGACAGCAUCUUCCACAAACCGGAGUCGCUAUUCGUGACGGCCAAGGCCAAGGAUAUACUUUUCGGGGGUCUGCCCGUCGACUGCGACGUGAAAGACUUCGCCGGAUCGGCGGUGUGCAAUCUGUUGAAGACUGAAGCGAAAGAUCUCGUGCCGGACGGUGAAAAUCGCUACAAGUUCUCCCUAUUCGGUGGGAAAAACGGUACCGUCGUGCCGGAACGUAUGAAAGUUCUGCGCGGUCUUAAAAAUUUCAAGGACGUCGGUCGCGUCUUGGAGUUCAACGGUAAGCCCGCGUUGGACAUCUGGCCGGAGGAUCACUGCAACGCUUACAACGGUACCGACUCGACGAUCUUCGCGCCUCUGUUCGGACCGGACGACGACAUCGUCUCGUUCGGCUACGAGAUCUGCCGAAGUCUUAGCGCGCACUACGAGUACCACAGCAAGGUCAAAGGCGUCAAUACUCUUCACUACACCGCGAAUCUGGGGGAUAUGAGCACGAAUCCUAUGGAAAAGUGCUUCUGCCCGACACCGGAGACUUGUCUGACGAAAAAUUUCUACGACAUGACGAAGUGUCUGGGCGUGCCCAUCAUUGGAUCUCUGCCACAUUUUUAUGACACCGACGGGAAAUAUUUAGCGAUGGUGGAGGGCUUGCACCCGAAUCAGACGGAGCAUGAAAUCGAUAUGGAUUUCGAGCCGAUGACAGCUACGCCCAUACGCGCGCAUAAGCGGCUGCAGUUCAACAUGUUUAUACAACCGGUACCGAAGUUCAAGCUGAUGAAAAACUUUCCAGAGGCAUUGCUGCCAUUAUUCUGGGUGGAGGAAGGGAUACUUCUGGAUGACGAGUUCGUCAACAAGGUGAAGGUGGUGUUCAAAGUGACGGCGGUCGUCAACUUUCUGAAGUGGAUAAUGAUGCUUGGAGGGAUCGGCAUGGGCGGCGCGGCCGGAUUCUUGCACUACAAGAAUCGCGAUAGCGGCAAGCUGGACAUCUCGAAGGUUACUCCGAAGGCCGGCAACGGGCCAGAAAAGCCGGAGAAGAGCUGGCCACCUGGCAUGAACAUCAGCACGAUACAAGCGGCGUCGGUGCCGUCCAACCUCGACAGAAAUUGAAUGUGCUGUUAGCGAGAGAGCUAAUAUUAAGUAUUAACGUCGCGAAGGUUCGUUUCUUUUGUCCCGGAUAUCUUUCUUUAACGAAAAUUAUUAAUGUAUAUACUUGAACAAGCUUUUUCAAAUUUAACGAAGGGCAUUCUUUGAAAAGUAAACGAUAAACGAACCAUUCUUUCUCAUGAAAAUGAAGAAGGAUUUAAUGUUGCGACGUUAGGUGAAUGGAAGGGCUGAAAGGGCUGAAAGGGCUGAAACUGUCAUGGCAAUUGCAAAUCUGGAGCUGACAUUUCAGCCUAGCAAUCUACCUAACGGGUAGAUCCGAAUUUUUUCUUAAAAAAAAAAAAUCAAAUUCGUGAAUAUAUAUAUAAGUAAGGAUAUAUAAGGAUAUAGAUAAGACUUGAUGCGUCAUGUGUAACAUACUUGAAAUUAUUUAAUUACUUUGUUGUAAAUUAUGUUGCAAAGCUCUCACUUUUGUAAUGCACUUCGUAAUGUACAGUAUGACUCAGCGGUUCUUAAUCUUCGCUUCGGUACGUAAUACCGAUUAUGUAUAAUAUAUUCGAGGAUUUUUUUUUUUAAAGUGUAUAACUUCAUGAGAAUUUAAAAACGCAUUUUAUACAACGUUUUAUACCAUUGAUGAGCUUUGGUUUUUUAAUAUCAAUUCGUCACAGAUUCGCAAAGAUUUAGAAGGCUAAGGACCGCUGACAGAAUUAAGAUGUACACAAGUUACGGAUAUCCAUAAUGAAAAGAGAUAUCGUUUAGACUUAAAGAUUUUGAUUAUCUUCUAAUAGAUUAGAUACAAAAAUCUCAACAACUAUCAUCAUGCGAUCAUCACGCAAAGCGACGUAAAAGUGGCGAAUACCAUCGAAGAAAUAAUACAUUCUGUCUAAUCUUGUCGAAAUAAAUAAAAUUCUUUUUAACCUA